AUGUUCGCAACUCAAUCCCCAUCCACACCCUUCCGCCAAACCUCCUACUACACACCAACGCUCGCAUUCCCGACCUUCUCUCUACAAAAUGAUACCCAAUCCCAAGCACAAUCACAAUUCCGCGCGCCUGCAUCUGCGCCUCCAUCCUUUCCCACAUUCAACUUCUCCCCUAACGCAACCAUGUCUCCUACCUCGCCUUCUCCGUCUGCGCGCGCUACCAAGUUCGCGGACCGCUACGCGGCGCAGGUGGCUAAUCCGAUGAAGAGCUCUGCAUCGCUUGCGCGGUCGAAGACCCGAAAGAUGUUUAUGAAUCGCGUGCGGAAUGACCGUGAGGAGGGCCGGUUUGAGGCUCGUGGGGAGCAGAUGAUGCAUGCCGAUUACCUUGCUGACAAGCGGAGGUGGGAAGAGUCUAUGGCGAGGGAUAUUGUGCCGAUGCAGGGUGAGGGUGAACUUGAGGAGGAGGAUAAUAAUGAUAUGCUUCCUGAGGAUGAUCGUGCUUUUGAUGAGUUUAUUUCUCAGGAAGAGGCUAUGGAGAUGGCUAUGAAGGAGACUGAGAAUCAACAUGGUUCUUUCAGUGAUGAUGAGUAUGAUGAUAUUUUUAUGACAUUGCCUGAGCCUGCGCCUUCUUAUGAAAGUCAGGAUAUGGAUAUGUCGUGA